AGGAGAAGACUGGUACUUAAGUCGGUGCCUGCUACAAGAUGUGAUCAGUUGUUUUGGAAACCAGCAGCUGACCGAAGCAAUAUGAGACCAUACCCAGCUAUCUGUAUCGUAGUGGCUGCUUUCCUGCUUUUGGGAGCAGCUCCCGCCGAGGCCAAGCGCCGCAAGCACAAGGGCUCCGACCACCACCACCACGACCAUGAGAAAUCCGAUCCCCACAAGACUAAGACCAAGACCAAGUGGUCUACUUCCACGGAUCUGGCUGCCAAUAGUCAAGUGUCCACGGAGGAGCACGGCUACUAUGUGAAGCGCACUUAUGCGCCAUCCGAGGAGGCCCAGGGCCGAAAGCGUCUGAGUCCUCCGUAUCUGGCCAUUCCCAUCGCCUGGUUCAGCUGUGAGUCCUCCGACCAGAAGCAGUGUCUUACCUCCAACUCCGCGGCCAUUAACAGCGCCGCUCAGUCCCUGAGCGAGGGAUACCUCUGCGACGACGACUGCGAGGACCUGUACGAGCCCAUUUGCGGCAAGACCAAUUCCGAGGUGGCCGUUUUCUACAGCCAGUGCAAGCUGAACGUGGCCAAGUGCCGAUCCCACGGCCUCUGGACGGAGUUGCCCUACGCCGAGUGCCAGGCCAAGUACCCCACGGAGACCGCCUAUGCUGACAAGAAGUUCCGGGCGUCCCCCUAUUUCCGAGACCUUGCCCUGGUGGAGCAACAGAAACUGCUGGAGGAGCAGCGCCGGGCCGAGGAGGAGAAGGAGAAGCUGGAGAAGGAGCAAAAGAAGCGCGAGAAGGCCGAGAAAAAGAAGAAGGAGAAGGACAGCAGCGAAAGCAGCGAGGAGAAGGAGGAUGAAAAGGGUGACAAGCCAUUGAAGGAUGAGCUCCCGACUCUGCCUUUGUUGCAGAAUCAUAAGCCCGUCGAAGCUCCUUCGAACGUGCCAGUGGCAGUUGCAGUACCAACUCCAAUUGCUGCUCCAGUUGCUGUUCCUGCCAUGGUAGAGAAAAAGCACGAGCCCAUUGCCCUGCCUCCCAUGCCCAUGAAGGAAGUGCCCAGCCACAAACCCAUUGCCAUUGCCAUGGUCGAGGCUAUUCCCCCGAAAGUGCAGGCCCCACCCAAGGCCAAAGAGGACGACAGGCUCAAGUACACGGUGGCAUAAACUAGAAAUAAGAUCUCAUCUAAGAAAAUGUAUUUAUUUUAAUUUAUUUAAAUAAAAAACUUAAAAUUUAA